UAACAGAAUGCCUAUACGGCUAUACCUGUAGUAAAAUAAUAAAAUUUUUAUCAUAUAAUUAUAUAAUCUGUAUUAACAUUUAUAGAGAGCUCGAAGUAUUUUUAAUACUUUAGAAAUGGUUUAUGUUCAUUUCUCUCGACCAUCCAACAAUGCUAAACUCAUUGAAGUUCAAUCUAAACUAGGUUUAAAAAAAGGAAAUGUUCUCAGGAUAUGCGAUACAAGAUGGGUAUGUCGCUAUAAAAAUUGCGAGUCGAUGAUAAAAAAUUACUCAUCAAUAUUAGAAUUUUUAAAGAAUGAAGUUGAAGCACAAGUGGACAAAGAUGCUAUUGAAGCUAUCGGUAUUCUCGGUCAAAUACAAAACUGUGCUUUUUUUAUUGGAGUUACUCUAUUGAAAGACAUUCUUGGUAUCAUUAAUAUAAUAAGUGUCACAUUACAAUCUAAAAAUGCCACUUUAGGAAAAGCAAAAAGCAUUAUCAAUGGAAGUAUACAAAGUAUUGAAAAAUUACGUUCUGACAUUGAAUUUUCUACAUUUUGGCAAAAAAUUACAUCUUUAGCUGAAGAGAAUGAUAUAACCCUUGAAGUACCACACAAAGGAAGAAAACGGAUAAGAACUCAACCGAAAUCUUUGAACAAUUUUUACUUACAAUUAACAACUGGAGAAGAAAAUGAACCAAAUAUUACACAAUCUGUUGAAGACUAUUGGAGACAAAAUUUAUACUAUCCAAUAAUUGAUUCUAUAAUCGUUAAUUUAAAAUAUAGGUUCUCUGAAGAAAGUUUAUCUAUGGCUUGCUCCGUUGAUAAUUUUAUGAAUAUGAACUAUGAAGGAAGCUUAGAGUUCAUAAAUAACUAUAAAAAUGUGACAAAAGUUUCAAUCGAUUUAUUAAAAGCUGAAAUGAUGGUUUUCAAAAACUGUUUGCCACCAGAUUUCAAUUUUGAUGACAUUAAAGGAAAAAUAAAUAAAGAAGCUUUUCCUAACUUGUAUAAGCUACUUCAAAUUGCAAUUACAAUCCCAAUAAGUUCUGCAACUUGUGAACGUAGUUUUUCUAGUAUGAGACGUAUCAAAAAUUGGCUAAGAACAAGUAUGUUGCAGCAGCGCUUUAGUGACUUGUCAAUUUUAAAUAUUGAGAGGGAUUUAUCAAAUAAAAUACAAACGGAAACAGUGUUAGAUAGAUAUAACACAAAAACCAGGAAAAUUGUUUUAAAAUAAUAGAUUAUAAUAUGUUAUCUAAAUAGUUGUUAUUAGUUAUUGUAAUUAAUUAUUAAUUAUAAUGUUUUUAGUGAUUGUUCCUUAAUAUUAAUCAUUAUCAAAAUAUCAAAUGUGUUAUCAUAUAAAUUAAUAUAAAUAUGAAGUUGAGUUAUAAAAGCAUGUUGUUAAUAGCUUUGAAGUUGUGUGUUGGUGGGGGAAGCCCCCCACGGGUUACCAAGGUAUACUAAAUUUUAGCACCCCUUAAAUUGCAGGUCUA